AUGAGGAACUACGCGCCGCACAUCGAGAGCGUGGGCCCGGACCGGCUGACGACGGCGCAGCUGUACUCGCGCGUGGAGCUGGAGUGCCGUGCCGACGGCAACCCGCCGCCCAGCUACCAGUGGCUGCAGCGCGUCUCGGCGCCCGACAUAGCGCUGGUGCCGCGCGGCGCGCGCCCCCUGCUGCGCAUCGCCAACGUCACGUACGACCACCAGGGCGAGUACGUGUGCCGCGCGGCCAACGUGAUCGCCGGCACGGAGCACUCGGCGCAGAGCGAGGCCGUGUCGCUGCAGGUGGUCGGCGCGCCGCAGGUGCUGGGCAGGACCUCCCCGGACGGGGAGGAGGUGGUGGUGGCGCGCGGACAGGACGCGCUGCUGCGGCUGACGGUGUGCGCGGACCCGCGGCCCCGGCGCGCCGCCUGGGAGUGGGGCGGGCUGCAGCUGGAGGCGGGCGCCGACCUGGGCCGCUACCAGGCCGACGAGCUGCUGCAGCGGCCCGAGCGCGAGGACUGCUUCGAGGCGCGGCUGCACGUGCGCCAGGCCGACAAGUCCGACGCGCGCAGCUACCGCCUGGCCGUGGAGAACGAGCGCGGCGCCGACCGCCUGGCGGUGCGGCUCGUCGUGCAAGAGCCGGUGCCGCUGACGACGCUGGUGGCGAUGGCCGCGGGCAGCGUGCUGCUGCUGCUGCUGGCAGUCUGGGUGACCGUGCUCGCCGCGCGCCGCGACAAGUGCUGCUUCGGCCGUAAAGCGAAUUUACGACCUUCUGAGGUGGACAGGGAGAAGGGCUCCCUGGACGGCAAGAAGGUGGCGCGCCUGGACGCCUCGUCGCUGAGAGCCGCCGACGGCGCCGUAGCCUCCGAGGCCGUGUACAGCACGUCGCCGGCGUCCAGGCCCCUGCGCACCAUCGCCGGCUCGCCCGACGCCGUCAAGGUGAGGCUGGGCGGCGGCGCGGUUCCCCAGCCGCCCACCAGGGUGUAGCACCUCCGUGGCGCGCGCUCUCGCCCCCUCCUCCUGCCUUCCCCUCCUCCUGCCUUCCCCCACCUCCAUCCGCCGCCAUCUUGUCUCUCUGUGCCUUCCGCCGCGGCGACGCGCCUCGCUUGGACAUGGCGUCUCUCGUGCGUGUUGUUGUUGACUGUCUCGCCGCUGCACCUUCCUUCUUCGGCCAUGCACAGCUUCGCGUCACUGCACCGAAGAGCACCAGGUCUGUUGCUGUUUGUUUUUUUUUUCCUCCCUCGUCACCAGCACAAGCCGUAGAAAUGCACUUCAAAAGAGACGUCGCCGCCAUUUUGGUUUUUACACUUACACUUCGCCAGCACUUCUGCUGAAAAGGCGGCACGCGUUGUAUUUUUUUUUUUUUUUUUGUCUCUGCAUGAGAAGGUAGUUCGCCAGCACUUUAUAUCUGAACGUUUAUGUGUAUCGUGCACUUUCUUUUUUUGGCUUGAUUUAAUCUAGCAAUACGAUUUGGGACCUGUGUUUACACCUCUCUCUCACUCUCCACGUGGUGUGUGGUUUUUGUUUAGCAGAACCUGCAUUCCUACUUGAACACAGCAGCGUGACUGUGUGAAAACGAAAAGUAGGCGUGGUGGUAAAAAGCGUUCGUGAAGAGGAGAUUGUGAUUGGCAAUUGGUGACGCACCCAAGAUGACGCGUGUGUCCAGUGACUGUUCAGCUCCGCGUCUCUCUCUCUCUCUCUUUUAUUUUUUAGGGGGCCUACAAAUGUGUUCUUUGUGAGCAGUGGGGCCAACAGGACAGUAAGCUAACCUAGCCCUACUACCGACAUUCACGUACCCAACAUGAAAAUUUAGAGUGCAGGACAUGUGCAAGAAUUUAAUUUUUGAAUGCUUUGUUACUAACAGCCUUUGGAGAGAUGUUUUGUGAUUCUUAUAAUAAAUUAUUGCAAAGAACUAACAUAAGUUAGAACAUUAUUCAUGAUGAUCUUUGUAAAAAAAAAUGUUUAUGUUGUUAAACAGGGUUAAUAUUUAUGGAAAUAAAUGAAGUGUUAUUGAAAAAAGUGUAAAUUUUAAAUAUGUUAAUAAUUUGUGUACAGAAUAUAUUAUAUUAGAUUACUUCUCGUCGGGACAACUUACAAUGCACACAAUAUAUAUGUGGCUACAUAGAAAAAUGAACAUUUUUGGACUUUGCUAACUGUAUAAUAUUGCCAUUAGGACUAAACGGUACGUUCUUUUGACAUAAAAUUACUCUCAGUUUGAUUAAUCGUACAAUCGUACAUGUAUGUAGUAGGAUUAAGUAGGAAGAUUGUUUAAUCAGUAAUAAAUGUUUGUAAAUUAAAGAAUAAAUGUGAUAAAUCAACUGUAUAACUUUAAUGUACGAUCAGAAUUUCAAUUUGUGGUAUUCCCUUUCUCCACUGUAGUAUUAUGUGUGUAAUACUGUGGCUGUCUACUGUUAAAUUGUUAUAUGUUGUGAUUUUUCUUUAUGUAACAGGAGACCACCAGCCAUUUCACAGAGAGCAAAGUAAGACAACAUAGAUUUUUACCAUUUGUAUGCAAGCGAUACAAGUUGUGUGAAAAUGAAAACUAUCUUUCUUAAAACUGAUGAGCUUAAAUCUUAAUAUAUUGACAGACGAAAUAGAUAUAAAGUUAUUACAUUUUGAGAAAAAAAAAUUGUCCGUUUUGACAUGCAAAAAAAAUGUUUUGCAGAACUCAGUUAAGAGUACUCAGUAGUCUUGCAAGCACGGCAUGAACUGUUUCCAUGUAUCUGACUGUUCUAGUUUGGUGAGCAUCGUAAAGUAUUCAUAAAAUAUAAAAUGUGCACUUUGAUUCAUUGUUCUCAGAAAAACCUUUUGGCCAAAUGUUGGCACAGAAAUCCAGGUGGUGCAAAACUAUUUUUUUUAGUCGUGUAAUUGGUAUAGUGAAUACUAUUCACGUCUCGAGUUUUACGAAACAGGCCUCAACAUGCUACUGCGGGAUAAAAAAAAAUAUAUUACCGGUAAUUUCAACCCCUAUUAACUGCUAAUGAGCCCAAUCUCCUUAAGAAUUUUGGAACGAAAUUAAUGAAAUCAAUUGUUGAUCAGGAUUCAGACAGGUUUUACUCUCAGUACUCCUGGCCCAUCCACGACACCUCAUUGCUUCUCGGAUGCUAGUAAUGUCCUUCAUCAAGGGUCGUGCAUUCGUUGCGUGGGCCAGCAACGAGACGCUAGUCCUUCGAGUCGGACAGUCCCCGAGAAACACCCAGUUCUUCCCGG